CGAACCUUCCCUUCCAUUUCUCCCCACCAAAUUCUCAAAUCUUUUUUUCUUCUUCAUAAAUUCAAGAACUCAAAACAUUAAUGGCCAAGACCGGAAAACUUACGAAGCUCAAGUCAGCAAUAAAACGAUGGCCAUCUUUAACCAAGCUAGCUCGAUCAAACUCCUCCAUUUCUGCAGCAGCAACUAACUCUAGUAAUAACGAUCAACUCCGGGAAGUUUACGUCGGAAAAUCACGGCGGCGGUAUCUUUUGAGCGGAGAGAUCAUUUGUCAUCCUUUGUUUCAAGAAAUGUUAGAGAGGUCCGGCGGUUUUGAUGGGGGUGACGGUGGUGAAGUGGUUGUUUCUUGUGAAGUUGUUUUGUUUGAACAUUUGUUGUGGAUGCUUCAAACUAGCGGCGGUUCUCAAUUGGGCUCCAUGGAAGAGCUUGCUGAAUUCUACUGUACUUGCUAGCUAGCUUUACCUAAUUAAGUAAGUAUAUUUUAAGAAAAAUAUUGAUUAAUUAGUAGCUAGAGAGGAAGGAGAUAUUAAUUUGAUGGUGAGGAUUAAUUAACCUUAUAAUUGGUUUAAUUAAUCAAUGGUUGAUCUUUUUUUUUUCAUUUUCUUCUAGUUUUUGGAUUUAAUUUAGUUUUAUAGGAUAAAUGUUAUUGUCCUCAAUGUUAAAUGGAGGAUAAUUUUCAACUUUCCUUUGUGUUAAUUAUAUACAUCUCAAAAUUAUUUGUUUUAGUUAAAUUUAUACUAA